AUGAAAAUGAAUACAAUUCUUCUGCUUUGUGAGUAUUUUGAUCAGCCAAUUAUCAGCAGAAGUGCACCACCGCCACCGCUGCUGCAGCUGCCGGCUGCGUCGACAAUCAACCGUAACGCCUUCUCGUCAUCCCCGUCGGAUCCCACAAAGGGACCUCCCACUUUUGUUGGCGUUACGGUGCAUGUGUUCGACAUCCCAGCCAUCGUGUUCUGGGGUUCUGAUACAUUUACCCAUGUGGUAGGAUUACCGUAUGCAUGUGAAUCUGCCGGCUGCGUCGACAAUCAACCGUGUCGCCUUCUCGUCGUGAGUUGGGACCAGGCCGGGAUGAAGCAAGACGAAUUGGGUAAGAGCUGCAACCGUAAGCUGGGAACGGGACCCAUGCCUCAUUCGGUAUUAGUGUAG